CAUCAUGUCUUUUUCAUUUUACAGUCAUAUAUUCUUGUUAGUUAGCAAGUUAGCAUUUAUGUUCAUCCCCAGGAUUUGAGAGAGAAAAUAUCAUUAAGUUGUGCAAAUUCUCACAAUGCCCAGCAAGAAGAAAUACAACUCGAGAUUUCCACCUGCACGCAUCAAGAAGAUUAUGCAAAUGGAUGAGGAAGUGGGAAAGGUUGCCGCCCCUGUUCCGGUCAUCAUCUCUCGGGUUCUAGAGCUUUUUGUUGAAGAGUUCCUGAAGAAAGCAAAUGACAUGGCCUCCACCACCCAAGUCAGAACCCUUGGGUGCUCCCACCUCUACCACGCUGCGAAUAACAUCCCUCGCCUUCAUUUCCUGCUGGAUUUGGUACGUCAGCACAACAACGGUGAAGCAAUGCCUGUUGGACUUCUGCCAGGCCCUGAAGACGAUGCUGCUACUGUAGAUGCUGCUGCUGAGUCACAAGGUCGGCUAAGGGUUCGGGGUCGUCCCUUCAAACGCUCUGCCUCCGCCUCCGGCUUUCCUCUCAACAGUUCCCUCUCGCCGCCCACAAAGAGAGGACGAGGACGCCCAAGAAAAGAAGUCCUGAGAGAGUUUGCAAUGCGUGCUGCCAUGGCACGGCCCCCAACAAAUAUCUGUUUUCCUUCUUGUCCUGGACCCUCUACGCCAUCUCUGUCUGCCGCCGAGCCUACCAGCCCGGCAAUGUCUUCAUCAAGCUGCAAGCUUGGCUCUCCAGCGUCUACUCCAGGCACUCCUACUGGACUCUUCUGCUCAAAAAUUCCGGGAUCUCUAUUAGGCACAGGCUCUCCUUCAAUAACAAAUAAGGAUCCUUUUUCAACCCACGCUUCCGUUCCUGUAACUGCAUCAUUUUCAACUCCAGGUACCUCACCUGUUCCUGGGGGGAUACCGAUAUCGACUUUCAUCACUCCUCCAGUUGACGUGGCCAUGCCUUCAUGUUCAAAUUAUGCCUCCAUUUCCCCACGUGAGUCGUACAAAGCCAUCUCCAGCCCAAGCCCCUUGUCUGGAAUUAAAAUAGAGUUCGGGGGAUCCUCAAUCCUGCCUACCCCCUCUUCCCUAACGGGAGUCACGGUUUCUUUUGGCUCUUUGCUGACGUCCCCUGGCACAAGCCCCAACGUCUGUAUGUCUGAACCUACCGAGACCAAGAUGGCGUCUUCAUUAACUGGUACCAGCGUACCAAUAAGUAACUUAACAUCAACCUCAUUGGUUACCAAAGAAGUCAAGAAAAACAAGAAAAAAGGUGCAAGUAACGAAAACUCUGCAAAGAGUGGAAGCAAGAGCGCUGCUGCCUCGGAUAUAUCGCUGCAAAAUCCACUUCUGGGCAAAAUCAAAAUAGAAAUGCCAGUCUUCCAAAGCAAGCCGAUGGACGUUUCGCGUUCCAUCUCCUCUCUUAGCACUCAAUGUGGAGUCAAUGUCCCGCCUGUCACUUCUGUGUCCGAGCUUAGCAAAUCCAACUCUGUCAACGCGAAGAAAGAAAAGGCGCAAAAUAACGGACGCGUGCCCGUUAUUAAAGCGGUGCCUGGUUCGUCAUACUCAUACCUACAGUGCUCGAAUGUCUUCUCGGCCGUCAAAGCCGAGAACAAUUCUGAUGAGGAUUAUGAUGAUUAGUACAACUUAUCUUAGGGGAUAAUUUUACGACUCGUGCUUGCCAAAAAAAUGGAUUUUCAUUUAUGUCUUUAGUUUUAUUGCCCUUUUUGGGAUAAGAUUUUGUAACUAAAUCUAGCUAAAUAGAUUUUCUUUUAUGA